AUGAGCACAUAUCCGUCCGAUAUUUUCAACGACACAUCCGCAGAAUGGACUGCGGCCGGUGGUGACUCCCGGCUCAUGGAUGUCAAUGUUCCCUUUUCCGAUAGUGUGGGCCACCAGGUCUGGAUCAUGAUAUCGGCAGCGUUGAUCAUGCCCAUUAUCCCCGGCAUCGGCCUUUUCUACGCCGGCGAGGCCAGGCGAAAGUCUGCAAUGUCCAUUCUAUGGCAGUCGAUGGCCAUUCUUGGCUUAAUACCCUUUCAGUGGUUCUUCUGGGGCUACUCUCUUACCUACGCCUCUGACGCGUCCCCCUUCAUCGGCACCCUCAGCAACUUUGGCCUGAAAAACGUCGUCGCUGCUCCUGUGGGAUACAUCCCUGAAAUCACAUACUGCUUCUUUCAGUGCAUGUUUGCCGUCGAGACCAUCGUCAUCAUGAUUGGUGGCGGCUUCGAGCGCUGUCGUUUCCUGCCAUCCAUGGUUUUCUGUUUCUGCUGGACGACUAUCGUCUAUUGCCCUGUUGCCUGCUGGACCUGGAACUCGAACGGCUGGCUCUAUACUCUCGGUGCUCUUGACUUUGCUGGCGGUGGUCCCGUUCAUAUCGCCUCGGGAUUUGGGUCUCUCGCACUUGCUUGUGGCCUUGGACGCAGCAAAAGCCGCGCUCUGACCGAGGAUAGUACCAGCAGCAAUAACCGGAGUAUUCGCCAGCGAAUUUUGGGGCCCAGGUUUCAAAGCUCUCCCGCAAACUCUCCGCUCAUGAUCUACAUUGGUACCAUCUUCAUCUGGUUCGGCUGGUUCGGCUUCAACGGAGGCUCGACCCUCAACGCAACUGUUCGUGCGGGCUACGCCCUCGCCAACACAAACCUCUCCGCCGCGACCGGCAUUCUGGGAUGGAACCUCGUCGACUAUUUUGCCUACAAGGGUAAAUUCAGCGUUGCUGGCUCUUGCAGAGGCGUGAUGGUGGGCCUAGUCGCUAUCACCCCUGCCGCAGGUUACGUUCCUAUCUACUUCGCCGCUGUGAUUGGCUUCGUCGCCGCCAUUAUCGUUCGCCUAUCAGCAGACUUCACCAGCCGACUCCUCCGAAUUGACGAUGGCCUCAUGGUGUUUCAGAACCACGCAAUCGGUGGAAUUGCAGGCGCGAUCAUGACCGGCUUGUUUGCCGCAAGCUGGGUCUCCGAGCUUGACGGCUCUUCAGUGUCUUCGGGCUGGGUCGACGAGAAUUACGUCCAGCUGGGCUAUCAGAUCGCAGAGGUCUGUGCAAUCUCGGGCUACACAUUUGUCGUCUCCAUGAUUCUCUUUCAUGUUAUAAACAUUAUUCCCGGUAUGAAGUUCAGGAGUGAGGAUGUUGAGGAGGAGGAAGGUCUUGAUCACCACUACCUGUAUAGAGAAGGUAUGGGCGAUCAUGAGUUUUACACAAUGUUGAAAGACAACGGAAUCCUCGACGCGAUGAUGAUUCGUGGCCAGGAACUCUUGAACGAGAAGACGGCUUCAAUAUCUACCCUCAAGUCUCACUGA